AUGGCUGCUGUCACAACACAAGCUUCCAUUGCUGUAUUCAGGCCAUCUGCCUCGAAAACCAGGUUCCUUACUGGAUCAUCAUCUGGUAAACUGAACAGGGAACUCUCCAUUAGACCCUCAACUUCUUCUUCUUCAUCCAACAAUGCAUUCAAAGUUGAAGCCAAGAAAGGUGAAUGGCUACCAGGCUUGGCCUCUCCAGCUUAUCUUGAUGGCAGUCUCCCUGGUGACAAUGGCUUUGAUCCAUUGGGGCUAGCUGAAGAUCCUGAAGACCUGAAAUGGUAUGUCCAAGCUGAGCUUGUUAAUGGCAGAUGGGCUAUGUUGGGUGUUGCUGGAAUGCUAUUACCUGAAGUUUUCACUAAGAUUGGGAUCCUCAAUGUUCCUAAAUGGUACGAUGCCGGCAAGGAAGAGUACUUUGCUUCAUCAUCCACACUUUUCGUGAUCGAAUUCAUCUUGUUCCACUACGUCGAGAUCAGGAGAUGGCAAGACAUCAAGAACCCAGGAAGUGUUAACCAAGAUCCUAUCUUUAAGAGCUACAGUUUGCCCCCUAAUGAGGUUGGCUACCCAGGAGGGAUUUUCAACCCCCUCAAUUUUGCUCCAACAUUGGAAGCCAAAGAGAAAGAAAUUGCUAAUGGGAGAUUGGCCAUGUUAGCUUUCUUGGGAUUCAUCAUCCAGCACAAUGUCACUGGACAAGGACCUUUUGACAACCUUCUGCAACACCUCUCAGACCCAUGGCACAACACCAUCAUCCAAACAUUUGCCGGCAAAUGA